CAAGAAGCUCAACCCAGAUGAUUCCAUCAUUCUUCAACGCCACUUUCUCAAAGCAAUUAAACAAUCCAACAUUUUUAUUGUUGUCUUUUCCAAAAGCUAUGCUUCUUCCGCGUGUUGCCUUGAGGAACUCUCCAAGAUCAGUGCACACAUUCAUGAACCGCGAUAUAUUGUUUGCUCAAUUUUCUAUGAUGUCCAUCCAUCUUAGGUUCAAAACCAGAGGAAUUCUUUUGAAAAAGCUUUCGCUGAACAUGAACGAAGUUUCACAACAAAUGUACGCAAGGUACACAGUUGGAGGUUAGCAAUGAAACGAGUUGCCAAUCUUUCUGGUUGGGAUAUACCAUAUCACACAUGGCCACAACUUACUGAUGACAUUGUUAGAGAGGUCAAGAAGAAAGUCCGUGAAUUAGUUUAUGUUGAUACAGACCUAGUAGGAAUUCAAUCUCAAGUGAACAAAGUAGAAGAGCUUCUUGAUUUGGGUUCAAAUGAUGGGGUUCGAGUUGUGGGUAUUUGUGGUAUGGGUGGGAUAGGAAAGACAACUCUUGCCAGAGUUCUCUAUGAUGGGAUCUCUCACCAUUUUGAUGCUUCUCAUUUCCUACCCAAUGUAUCUGAAUAUCAUAUGAGCCCAGGGUUAAUAUAUCGCAAGAAUGUUCUCCUAGUUCUUGAUCAUGUUCAUAUUUACUUAAAUCUACAACCAUUAAUCUGGAUUAUAGAUGCCAGUUUGGUGGGGGAAGUAGAAUUAUCAUAACAACCAGAGAUGAAGGGGUCCUUGAGGCAUUUAAGAUGCAUGAUAUUUAUAGGGUUAAAUUAUUGACUAGAGAUGAAGCUCUUCGAUUACCGUGUUGGAAAGCGUUCAGACGUGAUUUACAAAUAAGAGGUUAUGAGGAAGAAAUAGAUAAUGUACUCAAAUAUGCUAGUGGCCUUCCAAUGGCAGUCAUAAAAUUAGGCUCUUUCUUAUAUAACACAAGGGUCUCUGAAUGGAGCAUAGCAUUGGUUGAAUUCAGAAAAUUCGCCAGCUUUAAGGUAAUGAAUGUCCUCAAAAGAAGUUUUCAUGAACUGGACUUCAGUGGUCAGGAAGUGUUUUUAGAGACUGCAUGUUUUUUCAUAGGGAAGGGUAUUGAACACGUAGAGGGGAUUUUAGAUGGUCAUAUGUACACUUAUAAGGGAAACUUUGUCCUUAAAGAAUAUGGUUUCAAGAAUGACAUACCACAUUUAGUUGAAAAGUCACUUGUGACUAUAAUAGACCAAAAAAUACAAGUGCAUGGUUUGUUGCAAGAAAUGGGAAGGGAAAUUGUUCGGCAUGAAUUUCCUUUGAAGCUAGAAGAGUGGAGCAGAUUAUGGAUUACAAUUAUAUUUAUGAAGUUAUGCAAAAUGACACAGUAAGUUUUGCCACUAUUUUUUUUUUUGGGGUUAA